GGAUCAAAAAAAUUCUACCAACCAUUAUAAAGAAAACACCGGAUAUUUUGAAAAUACUAAAAUUUGUAUAAAAAUAUAAUACAAUUUUAAAAAAAUUCGCAUGUUUUUAAAUUAUACUUUGUUCCGUCGUAUCGUAAAUUUACAUACAAAAUAUCGUGGACCACUGAUCAAUAUUGAACGUUUAACAUACGAUCCGGAUUUCAAUAUAUUUAAAUAUUUUGUGAUAUGAAUCGCAAUACACCAAUAUUACAUGCUACACGUUCAAUAAAUAUCGCGAACCUGGAGAGCGUUCAAUAUAUAUUGAACGUGUAGCAGUCCCCAUUGUACAGCCGUAACAAAAAAUUUUGUAAACUCUUAACUUAAAUAUCAGAUGUCAGAUAAAAGUUCUGAUUUUUAGAUAUUUAUUUCAGUUCAGAUAGUUUAAUUCCAUUACGCUGAAUAUAACUGGUACUUGGAGCACAUUUUCUUGAUGUUGCUUGUUUGUGAAUUGCAAGCUUGUAAGGAAUAUCAUAAAUGGCGAAUUUUCCUACUUUAGGUGCUCAGCAAGAAACCAAUCGUAAAAUUCUGGAGGAUCUGCAGUUAAAAAAACAACUUUUACAGAAAGGUAACAUUCCAGGAUUAGGAACUGGAAUAUCCACCAAUACACUUUACCAGAUUCCUGCCAGUCAACUAUUACCAUCGUCGGAUUUUUCUCAAAGUGGCGGAUUAGCAACUGCGCCUCGUUCGGUGUUUAAUGCAACUACAUCAACAACAUUAGGGUAUUUCGUUUCCCAGGACUCUUAUUACGGAAAUACUUUUAUACCUGUGCUACCACGACUCGAUCCAGUGCCUCUAAAUUAAAAUAAUGGCUUGUAUAAAGCUAAAAAAGUUGGAGGAGUACUUACAUAGUGUGGAUAAAUUUGAAAAGCCGAAAAUCAAAUUAGAACAAUACAUAACACCUCCUCACAUAGCUAGUUGUGUGCUUUACAACAUCCAGACACUAUACGGUGAUAUUGAAGGAAAAUAUAUAGGAGACUUAGGGUGUGGGAGUGGUAUGCUAAGUAUCGGUUCAUUCUUACUUGGUGCUGGCAUGACCACAGGUUUUGAAAUUGAUGACGAUGCUUUAAACAUUUUUCAAUCUAAUGUAACAGAUAUGGAAUUGCCUGGUAUAGAUUGUGUUUUAUGUGACGUACUAACGUUGUCUAACAAUGAAAAGUGGGAAAAUGCUUUUGACACAAUUGUUACCAAUCCCCCGUUCGGGACGAAAAAAAAUUGUGGAAUCGAUAUGUUGUUUGUUCAGACUGGUGUAUUUCUAGCUUCAGGAGCUGUUUAUUCAUUUCAUAAAAGUUCCACCCGGGAUUACAUUCAUAAAAAGGUUAAAGAUUGGCACGUAAAAGGGAAUGUCGUUGCGGAACUGAAAUAUAAUAUUGACACCAGUUAUUCCUUUCACAAAAGCAAAAGCGUUGACAUCAAUGUGGACUUUUGGAGAUUCGAUGUAUCUGAGAAAAAUCUUUGAUUCGAUACACUACAAAAAUAGUUUGGAUUUAUUCUUUUUUUUAUUUCAAAUACCAAGAAAUUGUAUACAUAUGUGUCUAUAUAUGUUUUUGUGUUUAUGUUGAAAGUAGAGUAUCAUGAAAAAAGGCAGAUGUGUAUUUCUGACCACCCACUUAUAGCAUUUUUCGAAGCAUUUAUAAAAAUAUCAAAAACUUCACUGAUGGCAGGAAAAUAGUAUUUUUAACAGUAACAUUUCUUAGAAUUUUUUAUAUACAAGUGUACCAAUACAGGUGGUUAAUAAGGACGAAUUUUUUUUAAACAGCUAUUAUACAGGUACAAGCUAGUGUAAAUCAUAAGCAAAAUAUACUUAUACAUGAAAAUAAUUUUAAUUUAACACAAACUUUCAAUUUAUUUAUUAUUUGUAGAUAAUAUGGCAUAUGUACACACAUGCAGUAGUUUCAAUUAAAAUUUUGGAUAAGACAAUAAAAAAUAGAAUGGAAUCAACUUAAGUAAACUAGAAAAUACGUAAUACAUGAAGCCCAUUUUUGUUUCACGAAUAAAUUUCAUUAUUCUUAACGGCUUUUCGUCUAAUCUCA